ACUGCUGAUCGUCCCGAUGCGCACAAAGCGUUUGGGGCUGCCGUGCGCGAUCAGAGAGAGAGAGAGAGGUGGAGAGAGAGAGGUGGAGUGGGAGGGAGCGAUGAGGUGGAGGUGAAUGGCAGGAUGACUGAAUAGCCCAGUGACCAAUCAGAUCGUCGAUGGGCCGGGCUCCACAUUUUGACCCAGCACUGCACGGGCCCUCAAAGUUUGUUUAUUCGCGGAAUGCAGUGUGUGAUGAAAACGUGUUAGUAAGUGACCCCCCCUUUCGACUCAUAACAAUCAAAUGAAACUGAUUGGGACGUCGGAAUACGCCGUGGACUUUUGGGAACGAGAACCGGUGCCAUUUACGCACGGAACAUGCUCGCGCGACGCUGCAUUUGAGCGCACCGGGAGCCUCGAUUGAAGAAACUCUUGAGAGAGUAGGUGUCAGUGUGUGCAGCACGAGAGCUGAACUCCAGCGAUCUGAGCGCGAGAGCGGAGGACGGACUACCACCGACGACUUUUUUUAGAGAGAGGAAGAAAGUUGGCGGAGCUCGCGGGGGGCUCGAGAAGUAAACGUCCACUCAGACAUCAUCUUUUUGGAGGCAAAGAAAAACUCUGAUCAGUGCUUGAUCGAUGAGAAAGACUGAAGAUAGUGUCGCAGGCACGCUGACAUUCCCCUGUAUGUAGUAGUGAAGAUAAGCGUUGACUCGGCCAACAGAAGGGGUUAACGCAGAUCUGAAGGGAGUUUGGAAAAGCCUGCCUUUCUUCGCGGUACGGAUCAACUCAUUGGGUGGGAGCUGAGAGAGAGACAAGAGUCCCCAGCAAAUCAGGAGCUAAUUGAUUAAAGAGACUUCAUUUGAAUAGGAGGGGGGCUGGCGAGGUGCCAAUCGCCUUUCAAAGAAGCCCCCCCUCCCCCGUAUGAUUAAUCGCAGAGCAUUAUUGAUAAUCAUAACGCGGCACAUGCGCGGUGGAUGGGCUCGAUUUACGUAAUUUUUGAGAAGGUUUUGUAGUCAUUUUUUUAUUCUUCGCCUGCUGAUGUGCCAGCCAGCAUGUCGCGGAGGAAACAAGCGAAGCCACAACACUUCCAAUCCGACCCUCAUCUGCCCUUAUCGGAGCACAAUGGUGAGUCCGAGGGACAUAUCGCUGCCUUUAUCCCGGCAGCGUCAAUGUGUCACUUUUUACGCUCUUUUCUCCUGCCUACUCUGAGCACAUGUGACGGUAAAAGUUUAGACUCUGAAUUGGACCACAGACUUUACUUUUGUCUUUUUCUAUUUCACCUCCGUGAUCCUUGUUACCUUUUAGGAAAAGCAGAUCUCUCGAUUCUCUGAGUGACUCUGUAUUGGAGCUGGACAGGAAUUUGAAACUACUUUUUAAAAUGUCUUUCUACAUUUAAGAUCAGCUUUUCAACAUCCUACAGAUUUAAUCCUGAAAAGAAGAAGUUAAAAGUUAACAGUUCUGUAUUUAUGUUAGGGGUAAAAGUUUCCAAACUUUUAUCACAUCAGCUCGGCUCAAAAUGCUGUUUUUCUAUCUUGUUUUCUCCUCAAACAUGCUCAGGGAUGAGUGAUCGUGCCUCAUCGAGCUCUCUCUGCCCUCAGCGUCGUCUCCUCUCCGCGGAGAGAGAGUCAGAGAGCUCCGUGUCCCUCCGACCGGGGAUCCAACUUUUCUUACGUCCAAGACACUCAAACUCGAUUCCCGCGAAACAAACCUGUACUCCUCCGUGUUUCUAUACUUCAAUCUUUAGUUAAAAAAAUGAUCACAGUAAUUCAUCUGCUGUUUGAGCGCCAGCGUCCUUAAUCGUAAAAAGUUGGAUGAAAGGAGCUGUAACAGUUUUGAGGGCACAGACCAACACACAUCACAACUAUCAAACUGAGUGUGAAAAUACUGAGUCUAAAGCCGCUUUAAAAAGUUACUGUAGUACUUUCUACAUGAUUAAAACUAGUUUUAUUUGGACAUAAGGGAUAACCUCAAAAUGAAGUCAUAAACUGACUCGGUAUUUGACUUCUUGGAGCUCGCGCCUGAACGACAGAUCUGGCCUUCUGUUUGGAAAAAUUCACUCUGAUCAAUCUUUAUUCUCAAAGUGAAAUACUCUUUUCAAAAUGCUGCUGUAAGGUUUGCCGUAAAAUCAAUAAAUGCAGUGAUAUUUUCAGAGCUCAAAGUGUAGGACUGUGAUCUUGUGCUUUAGAGUUUCACUAUCAGCUUCAGUCAGUCAAACAAGAAAACAAAAAAAUAGGCUGUAAGCUUUUUAUAUACAGACAACAGGCAAGUCCUAAAAUGUUUAAAGAACAUAAAGACUUGUUCACAAAAGGAGAUAAAUUACAGUCGGUGUUUGAAAACAGGAGGUUGCUGUAACGACCAUCGUUGUUGGCCGACUUUGGUUCUCUAAAUAAAACGGCUCUCUGCAGGAAAUCGUCAUAAUUUACUUUGGAUGAUUUUAAUAAAUAUUUCUAAAUGAAACGGAGGCUCGUAGUCGGACUGACAUGACGUGAUCAUGUCCUAAUUUUGCUCUAUUAAGCACGAGUUUGUUUUAUUAUUUAUUAAUGUAAUUCGUCCAGAUUAAAAAAAAACAGCGUUAUGACAGCAUAGAGAUAAAAUGAAAAGACAUUAGUAAUUUUAGAAAGGCCUGUUGGACAAGGCCUGUAAAUUCAAUAUGGGCAAUUUGAAACUCUCCUAGCCACUUUGUGUCCAGCACUGCCUGAAAAGCAUGUGCAGGUAAUUUAAGAGAAAAAUCUGCUUCUUUCUGGGAAUGUCAUACAUAGAAAAAGUAUUUGCUGCAAAUUUCACGUGAUUUUUAGGAACUUGAUGAUGAAUGUAGGACGCAGUUCAUUCCUGACUUUCUGUGUUUUCUGCAUUUUCCUUUAAAUCUAAUAAACUCUAAUGAAGAGUCCUUUUUGUUAGGUGGACUGCAGAUUGCAAAAAUUCCCAAUUAUGCCCGCUGCUGUGACAAGUGUUGAACUUUUGCAAAUAUCUAGUGUGUAAUUACAAGGGCAUGGUCAUGUUUUCUUUAGCUUCAGGACUAUUAUACUGACAGAGCUCAUAACAAAUGUGCUGUGUGUCUCCUUUAGGAGCCGGAAGUGAGAACAGAAAGUCAUUGUAUUUGUAGCUGAAUAACAGAGAUGCUGAGGGCCCUGGUUACUGGGAGGUCGGAGUGAGAGCCACAGAGGGUGGGAUGUUGAGCUGUUUUAACCUUUGCCUGUGUCCCUCUGUGUGGAGGUGAGGGAAGUUCAGGGCCCAGUGUGUUCCUCUCUACCUCACCAUUGACCCCUCUGAUCUGAGCUGCAGGCUCCCUGGCGAGGCCCUUGCUUUUUAUUUAAGUUUGUGUGAGUGUUUGUAUGUGUGAGGCCUUAUCAAUGUUGUGGCCGUCCCCUUUUGCCCUAUCAGAGUGGCCCCCUAGAGGGGAGAUUGGCAGGGCGACCCGCUUUGCACUGUUGUUCCUUGCAAACAGAGAGUGCGGUUGCUUGUCGUUUUGCCAGUGUUGAUGUGGUGGGGAGUCUAGGUGUAGCCUGAAGGACUUGCUUUGCCUUUUUUUUUUCUCCUCCCUCCCCUUGAGCUUUAAGCAUGUCACCGGGGCAGAGUUUCUCAGACGUGAGUCUCGUCCUGGACCUCGGCACUUUUAGUGGAACCCCAUCUAGUGUUCAGUGGCUGGAGACGAUGAAAGCAGAAACCCUCCUGAAGUUACAAGUGUCAAGAGGCUCACAGAGGCCCCCCGCGAAAAAAUAAUGUAGGAUCUCUCAAAGAUCGCCGUCAACUUUUUUUUUCCACUAAUCCUCGCUUUCUUGGCUCUCAUAUUCACCCUUUGGUCACUGUCUUUGAGGCUUUGCCUUCUACUCUUUGUCUCUCCUGACGCCCUUUAGCUCUGUGCACUGCUUACACCGUGCUUCUCAAAGAGGUUCUAUGGAAGUUUUACAGACUCCAUCUUUUCUACCAGCUUGACUUUAUCUUAAUUUUAAUUCGAAGUUAAUCCUUGCUAUUUUGGGAAUUAAGCCUAAUGCUAGCAUCUGUGCUGUUUGCUAUACUCGACUUGUGUGGACAGUGGAUUUGUGAUCAUGCAUUGAUUUAGUUUUGAUUGAAUUUCAUUUUGAGGAGACUUUUUGGUCAUUGAGUGUAGGCACACACAUUACACAGCUGUAGAUGAAUCUCUGUACCUGCAGACAUUUAAGUUGAUGAAUUAUCAUUAUAACAUAAUUUUUUUUUGUACUUUAAGGUUAUUUUCAUUUUAUCCUCUCACAUUCCAGACUAACGGUAUAGGUGGAGACGGAGGGAUUGUGCACUGCUCUCUCUCAAGGCUUUUUUUAAUUCCUCCACCUCCUCAAAUAGUAAAAUUCACUGGGUAAUUUUGGAGAAUAUGGCAUCUUUUAUCUUUCUGUUUUAUUUUUUACAAUUACAUAUUCAAAUUAUUGUUGUAUUAAUUAUGAGUUUUUUGCGUGCGUUUUAAAAUGACUGGUAUUUGAGUCUUUUGACUAAAAAAAUGUUUGAAUGCGUGCUGAAAAAAAGUAUUGUCACUUGUGUGCGUAUGAUAUUCUAUAUGAUCAAAAUUAAACUCUUUCUAUUGUAUCAGUGAAAUGAUUAAUGCAUUAAAUUUAAGCACACGCCAUUAUUUCUCAAAUAACACGUAUAUAUUUAAACAUAUCAAUAACAUAUAUUCAGUGUGUUGUUUAUUUUUCCUCGUGCUCUGCGUAGACUCCAGCAUGAGCACACACACACAAACACUUAUACACAUGAGUGGUAUAUUUUUAUUAAUCCUGCGUCUUUCACAGUUUUUUGAGUGACAAAACUUUUUUUUCUUUUUCACGCCACUAAAUGUCAUUUGUAUGGCUUUUCAUCACACUUGUUCUUGUACUGUCAGCCUCGAGGAAAGCGAAAAGGUGUUUAUGUUUCCUCACAUUUCUCACACUGUGAUUCAAACACAUUUUUUAAAGUUGGCGGAUGGGGUGUAGGUAGACGGGUGGGGGCUGGGAGUGACUAUGGGGAUUUAACAUGAAAAGUUAUUAUUAAAGUUGAAUCUUCCCUGUUUGCAUGGUUUGGUGGUGUGAGGGCCAGGGUUUACUGUCAUGGCAACUUUGCGUUAUCUGAUGUCUGUGAGCAGAGAAACAUUGAGGGAGAUAAUCCCUGAAUUAAACAGGAUCUGCUUUGAGUCGACUGAGAUGAGCAGGGCCAGGCUGUGCCGACGAUCCCCGCCGCUCCCAUGCUGCGCGAACAAUGGGAAGGCAUCCUGUCUCUCUGUGGGGCAGGGCUGCACUUCUCUGGGUUUCAUUUGCAAAUGAAUUCUUGGCCCUGAUGAAAGUGUUGAGGGGCCGGAGCCACAAUGAAAGGGAUUCAUAGAGAAAUGCAAUUUGUAAAUCAACUUGUAUGUUAAACAGCAAGAUUUUAGUCUGACAAAGAGGGGAAAGAAUAAGGAAAGUCUGGAGCUCAGCAGUGGCUCUGGGGGUAGGGUGUCUUCUUGCCUUUUCACUCCCUGACCUGUCUGGUCAUCAAGAUGGAAAAUUAAAAAACCUGUUUCUGUGCGCAUUUGAAAGGUUGUCAUCACUUUUAAAUUUCAUCUCAGUGAAAAUGUUCUGUGGUGUUAGAUCAGUUGACUGGUAUGUCCAGUUUCUGGGUUUUGGCAAGUUUCAAAUGCAUGCAUACUUAUGCAACUUAUUUUCCUAAGUUUCUACUGAGUAGAUGAUUUAAAUAAGUAGUUUUACUCAGAAGAAUUUACUGAUGAGUGCUCUUUCUUUUGUUUGCCAGUGCUUUAGGGAUAAAGUUUAUUCAAAACUGUGGAGCCACUUCCUGACAACAUUUACGCAUUUUUAACAUCUGUAUAAGAAGGUGGACAUCUAAGCCAUAACAAAUAAUUUUCUUCUACGCGUUUCUCUGUUUACUCUUUUUCAGUUUUAUUCCUUUUUGUUUGCUCUUAGUUUUCAGUGUGUCCACAUAUACGCCUGAAUGCCACAGGCUCUGUUGUUCACAUCUAACUGUGACUGCAGCAUGAGUGGAUACAAAUUAGUUUAGUGACAUAGAUAACCUGUCCAAGAUGCCCAUAGUCUGCUGAAAAUGAGUAAAGUUGACAGCAAAUUGAAAGUCUAAUAAGUCCAUCAAAUGCUUGAUUUGCGCCAAGUGGACAAGUAGACUUUGAAGGGCAUGGAAUAUAGGAAAUCAAUGUCUUUCUAUGAAAUUUCAUUAAGGGCCAAUGUCCUCACUUCAUCUAUUCUAUAUUUUGAUGGAUUAUCUGGAGAAAAUGAUUACCUCUGGUUGGGCUGAUGAAACCCAGAUGUAAAUCUUCAAAGAUCACUUUUAGGGAAUAUUUGAGUGGUUCCCAUUGAUUUUGUAUCCCUUCUUAUCAUGUUUCCGUGGUCACUGCAUUGAAUGGAGCCUUUUCUCAUUUCUGCUGGCUUAUUGUUGCCUUUCAAUCGUUGUUUUUGUGAGCACAUCAAAGGGAUAAGUGUAAAACUGAUUAACUUAAGAUUAACAACAAUGGAAUCUGAGGAGAUAAAGCUGCUUCUUCAGCUGCAAAACAUUUCUAAUCACUAAUCCUCUGUUUCCUCUUUUUCAGGGGACACAGAACUUUGCUCAGAGGACCCCCCCUGCAAGGAGUCAGACGCCCACGUCUGUAGCAGAUGUUGCGCUGAGUUCUUUGAACUAUCAGAUCUCGAGGAACACCAAAAGAAUUGCACUAAAAAUCAGUUAGUUCUGAUAGUGAAUGAAAAUCCUGUCUCCCCCACUGGAACCUUUUCACCCGGGUCUCCUCCCCAUAAUCCCGAUGACCAGAUGAAUGACACGGCUAAUAACACUGAUCAAACUGAGUGCAGUGACCUAUUGGAGCCUAACGCUCUCGAGAAAGACGAAUCCAUGGACGUGGACGUUUCUGGAAUGAGCAGUGGUCACGAAGAGGAGGGCAGUCAUACGGAGGGUGGGAGCCCCAUAAACACAGUAAGCAGUCAUAGUGUCAGGGGCCCCUCUGGCCCUGCGGUGGGUACUUCAGCUAUCUCUGCCCCUCUACCUCAGCUCAGUAACCUGACUGAUCUGGGGAACUUCUCCAUGAUUAACAGCAAUGUUAUAAUUGAAAAUCUGCAAAGCACCAAAGUGGCUGUGGCCCAGUUCUCUCAAGAGGCUCGUUCAAACGGAGGCCCAAGAGUGGCAGUGCCAGCCCUUAUGGAGCAGCUCCUUGCUCUACAACAGCAACAGAUCCACCAGCUGCAGCUUAUUGAACAGAUUCGUCAUCAGAUACUGCUACUGGCUUCUCAGUCCCCAGAAAUGCAGGUGCCCCCAUCUUCAGCUCCAGGCACAAUGGGGCCUGCUGCCAACCCACUGACCACACUCAGCUCCCAUCUCUCCCAACAGCUGGCUGCAGCCGCAGGCCUCGCCCAGAACCUGGCCAGUCAGUCAGCCAGUAUUAGCAGCCUAAAGCAGCUGGCUGCAGCGGCACAGCUACCUCAGUCCAAUCCAAGCAGCAGUGAGUCAUCUCAGAGCAUUAGCACAUUGGGGCCAUCAACGGUCAAUGCCCAGUCCUCUGACAAGAGGCCGAGUCAUAUGAGUAGCCUCCACUCUCAGCUCAGCAACCCCUCACUAGCUAAGUCAUCAACGCCAUCAUUUGGUAUGCGUAGCUUGUUAAGCUCUGCAGUAAAUCCCCUUCUACCUCAGCCUCCACCUGGUAACCCCAUGUUCUCCAGCUCUCUGCCCAACGUUGGCACCACUGUAGAGGACCUCAACUCUUUAGCAGCUUUGGCUCAGAGGCAAGGCAAGCAGCCAAAUGUCACCUCAUUUGAACACAAGAGCAGCUCUGACGAUGCUUUCUUCAAGCAUAAGUGCCGUUUCUGCGGCAAGGUGUUUGGGAGUGACAGCGCUUUGCAAAUCCACCUGCGGUCUCACACUGGGGAGAGACCGUACAAGUGUAAUAUCUGCGGCAACCGCUUUUCCACCCGUGGUAACUUGAAGGUGCAUUUCCAGCGGCACAAAGAAAAAUACCCACACAUCCAGAUGAAUCCCUACCCCGUUCCCGAGCAUUUGGACAAUAUACCGACAAGCACAGGCAUUCCAUACGGCAUGUCCAUGCCCCCAGAGAAACCCGUCACCAGCUGGCUAGACAGCAAACCAGUUUUGCCCACUUUGACUUCCUCAGUCGGUAUGCUGCUGCCACCGACGAUGCCCAGCCUGCCACAUUUCAUCAAAAAAGAGGACAGUUCGAUAGCCAUAACUAGCCCUUCUGUUACUGCAAAGAGUGACUCAGGUGCUGCUGACCCUUCAGUUAAAAACAAUGGUGGGGCCUCUGAAGAGGGUGAAGGUGCAACUCUGCCUACCUCAAAUGAGAAAACUGAAGAAGGCAGCCACUCCUCAGGCCUCAUGACAAAUGUGAGCUCUGCUUCAGAGAGCACUGCCGAUUACACAACAUCUAACAGCCCACCCAUGAUGACAAACCCACUCAUGCCUCUUAUGUCUGAUCAGUUCAAGGCAAAGUUCCCCUUCGGAGGCAUCCUGGAUCCUCUCCAGGGCUCAGAGACCUCAAAGCUUCAGCAGCUAGUGGAGAACAUUGACAGGAAGGUGACAGACCCUAAUGAAUGUGUCAUCUGCCACCGGGUUCUGAGCUGCCAAAGUGCUCUGAAAAUGCACUAUCGCACUCACACCGGGGAAAGGCCGUUUAAGUGUAAAGUCUGUGGCAGGGCGUUUACCACCAAAGGAAAUCUGAAGACACACUACAGCGUCCACAGGGCCAUGCCCCCUCUUCGAGUCCAACACUCCUGCCCUAUUUGUCAGAAGAAGUUCACUAAUGCUGUGGUUCUACAGCAACAUAUUCGCAUGCACAUGGGCGGACAGAUCCCCAACACCCCUCUGCCAGAGAGUUACCCAGAGUCCAUGGCCUCUGACACCGGCUCGUUUGAGGAGAGAAAUUUUGAUGACAUGGACAACUUCUCUGAUGAUAACAUGGAAGGAAUGGAGGAAGGCCCAGAUAGCAGUGUGCCAGACACCCCAAGGUCAGCUGAUGCGUCACAUGACAGUCUAUGUAACUCCCCAGCUCCCCUCGAAAUGGCUGGCCAGGAGGAGCAGGAGAAAAAUGGCCAAGAGAAUGCCCACAAUAAUGAGGCAGAGGUCAGCCACAUGAAGGCUAUGGCAAAUGGCUUAGUUGAGGGAGAUUGUCUCACCAAUGACUCCUCAUCUCUGGGAGGGGAUAUUGAAAGCCGGAGCGCUGGGAGUCCAGCUGUGUCAGAAUCUACCUCCUCCAUGCAGGCGCCAUCUCCCACAAGCAUGCAUCCACAACCACACAAAUCCCCAAACCUUGAAGAAAGGCACCAGAGAGCCUUAUCUCUUGAGCACACUAGUGCAAGCCUCUUGCAUACUCACCCCUCCAACAUUGGAGCCCUGGACCUGACAUCUGUCAAUCCCUCAAAAGACCCCCUGGGCAUGAUAUUCGCCUUUCGUGAGCGUAACAUCACCAAGAACACAUCAUGUGACAUCUGUGGGAAGACCUUCGCUUGUCAGAGUGCCUUGGACAUUCACUAUCGAAGCCAUACCAAAGAAAGACCAUUUAUUUGCACGGCCUGUAACCGAGGUUUCUCCACCAAGGGCAACCUCAAGCAGCACAUGCUAACCCAUCAAAUGAGGGACCUGCCCUCACAGCUUUUUGAGCCCUCAAACACCAGCUUGUCCUCCAGCCCAACCCCCUCCCUUCUGUCUGUCGGCUCCCUCAGCAAACCAGAGGUCAAUGGCUUCCUCCAUAGCCUCCACCAAGAAAGCAAGGAGAUGCCCCUUGGCUUGGUUACAUCCUCUGCCUCCACUUCGCCUGUGCUCUCUGCUGCUCCACCACGCCGGACACCGAAGCAACACUUCUGCAAUACCUGUGGAAAGUGCUUCUCAUCCUCCAGUGCUCUACAGAUCCACGAGAGAACCCACACAGGAGAGAAACCCUUUGCCUGCAGCAUCUGUGGUCGGGCCUUCACCACCAAAGGAAACCUCAAGGUAAAUGUUGAAACAUUUAGAAAAGUGUCCGUCUCCCAAAAGUCUGUGCGUAACAAUGUUUGUGAAAGUAAGUUGAAGAGUUGCUCUUUAGUUUGUACAGAUCAGUGCAUGGCCAUCAGACUGUGGUCAUAGGUUUUCAAAAUAGUAACAUGUAUUGCUUUUCAAGAAAAAAUAACUUUGCUGUCAGGCUGAAUGACACGGCUGAUAUAAAUAAUGAGCAGAAAAUCCAACGUGAAAGCAGCUAAGAAUGAUUUAGUGCACAGAAUUCAUUUUCAGAGACCAUCAGUCCCACAACAUCCUUUGGUGUUUUUACAUGAAAGUUUUGUCCGUGUCAAUUCUUAAACCUAGUGGAAAUCUUUGGAUGCAUGUUAAUUUUUAACGGCUAUUUGAAUGUAGUUUGGGACUUUGGUUGAAACUGAUGUUAUUCAGAGAUAUAUGAGCUCUAAAUGUAAAAGUCACAGUUAAAUUAACAGAAAACUGUCUCAAGGUUUUUAGAGUUUUAAAAUGUGACUUUUUGUGAAGCAGGAAAAAAAAUCGUGUUUCUGUCAGAAAAAGAGGAGACAUGUCACGUACAGCGAGAGUGGACAGUUCAGUUUUACCAAAGGCUCUGUGCCCCCCCUGUGAGAUGAACAAAUUAUGGUUUAGAUAAAACAGCAUGUGUCAGCCUCGCCAAAAUAAGAUGUUUACACCAUGCUGGUACCUCUCACACCAUAAGCAGCUAAAUAGUCUGCUGCACCCAGGGUGUGAAGCUAUUUUAAUUUGGAGUCAAGCAUUAUUAUUAUUUUUUCCAUUGCAUCAUCUCAUGUGCAGCUCUAUGGCCAAGUUUGUAAACAUCGCUAAUUUUCAUCCCUCUCAUUGCUCUGUCUUUCCCCUCCCUCCCUUUUAUCCCACUUCUCUCUCCUCCCUUCUCUCUGUAAAGGUUCACAUGGGCACACACAUGUGGAACAGUGCUCCCGCCAGACGGGGCCGCAGGCUCUCUGUGGAUGGUCCAAUGGCCUUCUUGGGUGCGAACCCUGUCAAGUUUCCUGAGAUCUUCCAGAAGGACAUGGCAUCGAGGGCAAGCAACGGCGACCCGGCUAGUUUCUGGAACCAGUACGCUGCGGCCUUCUCCAACGGCCUAGCGAUGAAGACAAAUGAAAUCUCUGUCAUCCAGAAUGGAGGCAUCCCACCCAUGUCAGGCGGCUUGGGGAAUGGGGGUAGCUCUCCCAUCGGUGGCCUGACAGGCAGUCUGGACAAGCUGCACAGCAUGGAGCCCAAUGCAGCUCUCGCUGGUUUGGAGAAAAUGGCCAACACGGAGAACGGCGCUCACUUUCGGUUCACACGUUUCAUGGAGGACAAUAAAGAAAUCGUCACGAGUUAAAGCUUCUGUCCUCAGCUGUGCACAGACAUAUAAAAUGCCUAAAGGCAUCUUGUACACAUAUGUAGACACACACAGAAGGAGAAAAAAAAAGAAAGAGAACAGGACAGGGACAAAAUCAACUGAACUGCUCUGCUCGCCAUUGAAUCUUUACGAACACGAGUGUGAAGACAAGUUGUUUUUUUGUACAAUGUACAUGUUAUAGUUUUAAGGAGCUUAUUUAUUAGUGAUUAUAACCUUGCUUGAAACCAAGUGGAAGCAUUAACAGUUAGGUUUUUGUUUGUUUUGAAGCCAGAAUGGGUAUGUAUGGGUGCUUAAAAAAUGUGCUUUUGAAACUUAGAAUAUCUGGGUAGAUAACCUUACCUUGGCAUUAAGUUAUUUUCUGUAUGUAGUAGCUAUAACUGAACUGUUGAUGUUCAUGUGAUGCAUUAGCCCUGUAAUAAGCAAACAGAUUUGCUGUAAAUAUUGUACACUGAUCUUCUGUAGAUGGUCUAACAUCCGUGUGUUCAAGCCUCCCUCCCCUCAUCAAAGCGAAACAAUUAAAUUCAGGCAAGGGACUAAAGACUGUGUAGUAGUUCCUUUUUUUCCAAAUGCUAUUUACCGUUAUUCUAUUUAAGUUAGACAAAACUUUCAAGUUUGCGACAUUUUAAGGGGUUUCUUUAGUGUUAACUUGUUUUGUUGUUACUGUUUCUGUGUAUUGUACUUUCUACUCUUUGUUUACUUCCACAUUUUUCUUUCCUUCAGUCUCUCUUUUUUUUUUUUUUUUUUUUUUUGUUGCCCGUAUUUUGGUGUUGUGGAAAGCAAGACAGAAGGGAACAUUCGGUCUGGCCUUUUUUUUUUUUUUUUUUUUAAACUGUUUUUUGGGAACUGAGACAGCCAAUCAAAUGAGCAGGAUUCUCCUUUAGUUUCUCAGCUGGAUUUCCACAUUGCUGCUAUGUCCCAGCAUCCUCAUUGACAUCAAGUGCAAAGUUCUGUGUUGACGCUUCUGUAAAUAUGUUCAGAUGUGGAAAUACAAACUCCCUCCUUAGAAGAUGUACAUAAAGCUCACACAAGAGAAGUCCAUCAUGGCCAGGGGACAAAAUGAUAGUGUUUUUAUAAAUAUAAAUAUAUAAUGGGUUUGACAACCUUUGGACUGUUACAUGCACUUUCUUGGAAAGUUGGAAGAUCUUUAUGGGUCCAGUUUCUCUACACUUUAAUACCUACUAACAACUAAGAUACUGUAAUUCUUUACUCUAAUAAUCAAAUACAUCAGUUUUCCAAAAGAA